UCUCAAGUGACUACAUCGUGAGACAAACGAUAAUACACUUCAUUAAACCAGUUGUUGUUUGCGGUAACUUUAUUUUCCCGCGCUUGACGUCAUGUUACAGCUAAGCACUCUGAUUGGUCCCUUCCAUUAUUUACAUUUAUAGUGAUUGGUCAGCUUAAAUCACUUUGGUCUGCGUUAACGACGCCUAUGACAAAUCGGCUCUAUCUUUCUUUACGUCUUUUUUCAAACAGUUGAGCUAGUUUUCCAUGAGUACAUCUGAAAGAAAAACUUCAACACAGCGAAUAAUUGCAAAAGAAACGAGCUUUAUGAACGCGUGCGUGUAUUUGAAUGCUUAGAUGUAGAUCUAGCUAUUGCGACGGUGGCUGCCAGAUUUUAAUGUUUGUAUGAAUCCCAGCUGCACUUUACGUUUGUCAACUAGUCUCAAAUUAAUGGAAGAACUUUAUUAGAGCACAUAAUGAGCUUUCUAGGCAAGUUAGGUUAUGUUAUAUCUAAGUUGCAACUGCAGCUAUUGUUGUUGUUUUCUUUUGUUUUGUUCUGUUUUUUUGUUUUUGUUGUUGUUUUUCGCCUCUUGUAUUACACCAAAUCGUAAACAACAGGCGAAAAAGCUGGAUGUUUCUUUCGCCUAUUAAUGUUACCACACUAUGUAUCUCUGUCCAUGUUACAUUCCUCAGGUCUCCACAGCCAUUUGUGACGUGAUGGGCACAUCACAACAAAUCGUCAACAUGUUUAUCCACUGCAGUUGGUGCAACGAACACUUCAGUAUUAAAGUAUUACAGCAUAUAAGGGCGCUUCUUGCUACUGUUUCCGCAAAUGACAUGAAAAAUCUGUUUUGUGCUCUUCUUGAUUUACUGAUGGUAGAAGAUCCCUUGCAGUUGUUGCGUAUAAAGUGUGUGGCGGAUGAGCAAGGUGAUGGAGUGUUAGCCGUUAUCAAGACAAGUAACACGGCUGACAGUCGCCGUGCGUACCAGUGUAUUAAAUUCUUGGUUCAACUUGCAAACAAGUGUCCACAAGCGAAAGAUUACUUACUGCAGAACUCAUCUCGUUGGCAAUGGGCUGUUCAGUGGCUCAAGAGAAAAAUGAACGAGCAUUACUGGGCACCACACACGUCAUCCUCCAAUGAAUACUCCUCGAGCCGAACAUUUCAACGAACCUCCAGCGCUGCCGACACUCUCGCCGAAGCUACAGCGUUGCUUACCGAGCUCGAGGCGAAGGAUGGCGAAGCUAGCACGACUGAUGACGUAGACGACUCAGCGAGCAAGUUUGAGGUCGGUGGGCAAGAGGACUGGGAAAAAGAAAUGACAAAUUAAGUAGCGGUGAGAAACAUCGAAUGAAAGACACAGCUUCUUGCGUAAACACUUAAUGUGUCGAGUGCAUGGAGAACAGAACUGCUUACGACCAAAUGUCAACAAAAAGAAGCCCGCAUAAAUUUAAGUCAAUGGCCGACGAGUUAUUCAAUUUAACUUGACAGCGUUUUUGUCAUCAACAUUUGGACAAGGAAAUCAAAGCCUAAAAUUACAUUUCUGACUUGGCAAGUGCGAAACAUGGACAGUAAAAAAGUUUGUAUUUUAUGAGAUGCGAUUAUCUGAAAACUUUCCAUUUGCCGUCUUUUAUGCUUUCACUGACUAAAGUCUAAUUUCUCCUUACAAACGCAUAGCAUGAUAAAAAAAGUAUCAAUUAAGAGGUUCUUGUCUUGAUUAACCACUUAAUUUUCACAACCAUUAUUAGAAGAGUCGUACCACAAUCAGUAAGGAGAAUUCUUAGUUUAAUCUUGCGACUGCGGAAUGACGUGCGAGAGCAAUGAAUAUGCCCGCGCAUAUUGCUGUCAGCGACGUUGCUUAGCAACUUCAUGUAAGUUUCUGACGCAAUACAGAGUCGCGCCCGUCCACGCGCUACUUUUCUGAUCGGAAUUAUGUAAUGUUCGAUUUAUCAAUUUUCUAACAUGGCUCCGAGGCUUUUAGGGCAAAGUUGAUGAUUGGUUAAGUUUUCUUUGUCUGUCAAUUCCCAAAAGAGACUUGGAUACAAAGAAAGCACCACCAAAGAUAGAGCGCUUUCCAUUCAAUGUCAAAUCCGGUUUGUAUAUCCGGAAAUUUCCAGUGACGAAUGGUAUAGCAUUUUACGAAUUUCCUGAAAAGAGGACAAACUUGCGAGGUAAACCAAACUUUUCGGAAAUAUCUUACCGGGAAUUUGCGUUCCAUUUGACUUCCUCUCUAAAUUUUCGGUUGGAUGGUUCGCUUUUCGGAAAUUCAACAACUUUCGGAUUUGCGGAAACUUUCAGAAAUUUCGGAAUUUUUGGUUGAAUGAAAAGCUUCCAUAGGAGUUUGUCCUGAAAGCCCCGGAGCCAUGUUAUAAUAUUGAUACAUCGAACGCGCUCUAUUGUUUUCCCGUGGAAUAACUAGUCCGUAUUUUUUAUACACAGAAGUGUUUAUAGUACUUUGUAACAUCAGUGUUCAACGGGGUGGAUUAUGCAGUGUUUUCAUAGGAAAACUUAGUAAAGAGUGCAGUUAUGCUCUCUCCUCGUACUAACGUAAGUAAAAAUAUGAAAACCGCUAAACUUUUUACCUAGUGAAUCUCGCGGAUUCGUGUUAUUCAGGAAUAAUCUGUGUUGUAAGAGUGCCUCGGAAGAAAUAUUCUGUGAACAUAAAAUGUGAAUUUGAAUAAAUCUUUAUUACGACUUUCCGAA